CUUUCCCAUUUCCUGUUUUUAUGAUAAUUAGUCUUUCUAUUUCUAAUUGAGCAAAUCCUUUUUUUUUUUUUUUGGGUUUUUUGUGGGUUCUAACUACUUUUUGAUUUGGGAAAUUCCUAGUUCUUAUUCAAUUUUAUUGGGUAGUUUUUGGACACUUGAAGCUUUGUUUAGCUGUUUUAUACUUAUAUGGAUAAUGGGUACUUUUGAUUUCCUUCUGUGGCUGGUCUUGCUUUAAAUUUUAGGCAACUGGGCUGCAUCUUACAGACAUAUCUUAUCCUAUGAUUUUGAUUAUACUACAGAAAACAGAUUGAAUGAAGUGCAGAGCUAUUUCAUUUUGGAUUUUUUUUUUUUUCUUUUAUCAUGCCAAAGUAUUAUUUGAUUAAUUUAAAAACAAAAUAAAAUCAAAGAGUUUUCAAACGGUUGGAAUGUUUAACUCCCAUCUGUCCAUUAAAUUAUCUUUUGGGUUUUAUGAUGUGCUGAAUUCUGUUCACCCACCGGUUCUUUGUUGUCCAUUUCUUGGGGAAGUAGGAAAUGUUGUUUGGAAGAAUAUGGAAUUUGAAUGGCGAAAAACAUGGGGGUGUCUUGAAGCUGGUGAGGAGAUAUUUGUCAGUUUCUGGCAGAACCGUGAAAGACAUGGCUGAAAAAGAUGGAGAACUGAGGGUCUUUAUAGUUUCUGGAGAGGUUUCUGGAGAUACCAUCGGUUCAAGGCUGAUGGCAUCUCUAAAGAAGCUUUCUCCUGUUCCUAUCCAUUUUUCUGGUGUUGGAGGGUCCAUGAUGUGCAAACAAGGAUUAAAAUCUCUAUAUCCUAUAGAGGAUAUUUCAGUUAUGGGGAUAUGGGAAUUGUUGCCACAUUUGAAUAAGAUGAGAGUGAAGCUGAAAGAAACAAUAGAGGCCGCUCUUCUGUUUGAACCUCAUGUUGUUGUAACAGUGGAUUCUAAAGGUUUUUCUUUCCGACUUUUAAGGCAGUUACGGGCUAGAUUCAAUCAGCAAAGAUUGGAUCGCCCAGUACACUUCCAUUAUGUGGCACCAUCAUUUUGGGCAUGGAAAGGGGGUGAAGCAAGACUCAAAGGCCUAGCUGAAUUUGUGGAUCAUGUCUUGUGUAUACUCCCAAAUGAGGAAGAAGUUUGCAAAUCAAACGGACUGGCUGCCACAUUUGUGGGCCACCCAAUUCUGGAGGAUAUUUUGGAAUUAAAUCCGGAAAAGUGUACUUCAUUACUUGAAUGGAAGAUAGAAGGAAACCAUGACAAUUUCAGAGAGGAAAAUGCAAUUCCUGCAGAGGCCACUGUAAUUUCCGUGCUUCCUGGAAGCAGAUUGCAAGAGGUCACUAGAAUGCUAUCUAUCUUUUCAAACACUGUGGAACUAGUAAAGGAGUCCUUUCCUCAGUUGGUGACUGUCAUCCACAUUGCUUCUAAUCAACAUGUGGAGAACUACAUCACUGGAGCUGUUCGUAACUGGCCUGUGCCUGCAGUAUUGAUUCCGGGAGGCUCCCAACGUCUAAAAUAUGAUGCCUUAAGUGCGAGUAGGGUUGCACUAUGCACUUCUGGUACAGUUGCUGUGGAGAUGCAGCUUGCAAGGUUGCCAUGUGUAGUUGCUUAUCGAGCACAUUUCCUUACCGAAUGGUUUGUCCGAUAUAAAGCGAAGAUAUCUUACAUAUCCCUCCCCAAUAUUCUCCUGAAUUCAGCUCUUAUUCCUGAAGCUCUCUUUGGAGCAUGUACGCAUACAAAGUUGGCUGCAUUGCUCAUUGAACUGAUACACAAUGAUAGCCUCCGAGAAAAACAGAUUGCUGGUGCAGAGAAGUUUAUCAGACACCUAUAUCCUUCAAAAAUAGCUGUAAAUAGCUUGAUUUCACAGGAGUCAAGAUGGAGUUUCCCCAUUCACAUGCCAAGUAUGAUAGCAGCAUCCAGCAUCUUGUAUCAUGUAAAGCCAUGACUGCUGUUUCUGAACAUGUCACUGAUACUUUCUUCGAGGCCAAAACGUUUUCAUUUCUCAUUUUAUUUUUUAUUUUGCUAUGGGAAACUUGUAAACUGUUCCAUUGUAA